UUUUCUUUUCAGUUGCUUAUAAAUACUCGGUCUGCCUCUGAGGACACAAGACAACUGCUCCUGGCCUUGCUGUUCUGCAGUGCUCUGGGCCAGCCUUGGACAGUGAGCCAUGAAGCUCAGCGUCUGCCUCCUGUUGCUCUCCCUUGCCGUGUGUGCAAGUGCUGACAACCCCUUUUACAGGGCUGGGAAGUUUGUCUGGGAUGCAGUGGGAGGCGCCGGGGACAUGCUCAGAGCCUACCGGGACAUGCGCGAGGCGAAUUAUGUGGGAGCUGACAAGUACUUCCAUGCCCGUGGGAACUACGAUGCUGCCCAGCGCGGCCCUGGGGGUGCUUGGGCUGCCAAAGUCAUCAGCGACGCCCGGGAGAACUGGCAGGGCGGCGUGAGCGGCCGCGGCGCCGAGGACACCGCAGCCGACCAGGAGGCCAACGAGUGGGGCCGGAGCGGCGGCGACCCCAACCGCUACCGCCCCGCCGGCCUCCCCCRCCGCUACUAGCGCGGCGCUACC